AUGGCAAAGAAGAGUGUGCCCAAAAAGCAGCAGAAGAAAGCAACCAAGAAACAGGAAUCAGAGACGAGUUCAGUCGAAGCCAUCAACGAGAAAGUACCACAGGAAGAAAGUGGAGAAGAAAAGGGAUUUCAGAGAGAAAAUAAUCAAAUUGAAAAGAAGCCUGCUGAUUUGAAACCAGUGAAGGAGACCAAUGAGGAAGAAACAGCGUCGACAGAGGCAGAGAUGCCAUCGAUCACGGAUGAUGCGCUACAGCAGGCGCAGAAGGAGCUGCAGGAUCUGACUGAAAGUGAAAGCUACGCCCAGAGUGAAACCAAUGAAUCGAACAAGACGAUCUUUAUCAAAAACCUCAACUACGAUAUCAAGGAGAAUGAUUUGGAGGCUGAGUUCUCGAAAGUGGGGGAAGUUGUGCGAUGCGAGGUGCCAAUGCACCACGGUGGAGCACGAAACAGCGGAUUUGCGUUUGUGGAGUUCAAGGAGGAGAAUAGCGCGAAGAUGGCACUGAAACUGGACGGAAAGGAGGUGCUAGGACGAGAAAUUGGCGUUGAAAUGGCCAAGAAGCAGCACGUUGAGUCGAAGAAGGCGACACUUUUUGUGAAGAAUCUCCCAUUUUCUGCGAACAAGGGUGAUUUGCGUAAGGCGUUUGAGCCAUUUGGUGAAAUCAUCUCAAUCUCAGUUCCACAGGACAGGAAGAAUGAGGGUAGAAACAAGGGAUUUGGAUUUGUGGACUUCAAGAACGAGGAGGAUGCAGCGAAGGCAUUGAAUAGCAAUGUGGUUAUCAAUGACAGGAAGUGUUUCAUGAACAUAGGCGACAAGAGCAAGAAGAAGGGCGAUAGGGAAGGAAGAAAGAGAGGCCAUAGGAACAACGGUGAUUCACAGCAGUCAGAGGUGUUCUACAAGGAGGGAACCAAAAAGAGGAUUGUGAAGAAGAAGAGCGGUGACAAGAAGGACAAGUUUGACCUGGACGAGCACAGUACGACGACAUUCUCAAAGGGUGAGAAGAUCAGCAUGGCCAAGAAGAGGAAGAGCGAGGAGUCAGAGAGGGCGACUGGGGGAGAUCCAGUGAAGCAGAGCUCCAAAAUCAAGUUCAGCCAGGAAUCAGAAUAA